GGGACCGGGGCCGCCAUGUUGGGCCCGGGGGCGGCGGGACGGGUGCUGAGCCGGGCCCUGAGCCUGAGCCAUGGCCCGGUGAGGGCGGGGGCACCGGGAGUGGCGGGGGAACGGGCCCUGAGCCUGAGCCAUGGCCCGGCCUCGGUGGUGGUGGAGCGCGUGUGGCCGGUGCCGCUGGGCCGGGCAGGAGCCGCUCCCCGGCUGCACCCGCGGCGACACCGGGUGUACCGAGUGCUGAGGGACGGCAAACACCAACCCCGGGGGGACAUGGAGCUGCUGCUGAGCCGGGCCGUGCAGGACCUGGGCAGCCGUGGGGACGUGGUGAGGGUGAAGAAGAGCCUGGGCAGGAACAAACUGCUGCCCCAGGGCCUGGCUGUGUACCCAUCCCCGGAGAACCUGCACCUCUUCCAGCAGGAGAAGGAGCAGGCUCAGCAGGGGAAGCUGGAGGAGCCCCAAACCCAGAGCGGGCAGAAGACCCUGGAGUUCCUGAGGCGCUGCCGCCUCCAGGUGGGGAUGAAGAACAACGUGAGCUGGGAGCUCAGCCCCGACAUCGUGGCCAGGCACUUCCUCAAAAAUCUCGGGGUGUUCGUGCCCCCCCACGCCCUGCGGCUGCCACCGGAGCCCAUCACACGCUGGGGACACUUCUGGUGUGACGUCACGGUGAACGGCCUGGACACUGUGCGGGUUCCCAUGGACGUGGUUCAGUUCCUGCACCCCAAAACCAAACGCUUCCGCCACUGGCAGCAGCAGCAGCAGCAGCAGCUGGAGAGCAGCAGGGAGAGGCUCCUCUGACCCCCCCCCAGGGUGGAUUUGGGGGUCCCCGGGGUGGAUUUGGGGGUCCCCAGAAUGGAUUUGGGGUUCCCAGAAUGGAUUUGGGGUCCCCAGAAUGGACUUGGGGCCAUUCCUCCUCUUUAGGAUCCCUCCUCAUCUCUGUGGAACUUCCAGAUAUCUGUGAGCUCCCAGAGCAGAUUUUGGGGUUUUUCUGAGCCCCCCCAAAUCCCUCUGAACCCCACUCUGGUCCAGGGGGGUCCUUGAGGUGGAUUUUGGGUCCCUGGGGUGGAUUUGGGGUCCCUGGGAUGGAUUUGGGGUCCCCAGAAUGGAUUUGGGGCCGUUUCCCCUCUUUGGCAUCCCCUCUCACCUUUAUG